CUCAAGUAUGUUGUCAAUAAAUCCAAAGAAGAGACAAUUCACUCUGAUCUUAUUGGAAAAAGAUGGUACCAGAUCCUAAAGAACGAAUUGGAGUCUAAGAGAGAGGAUACAUCAGAGCCCACAAAAAAGGAAAAUUAUGAUGAGGAAACUGAAUUGUUUUUCAAACCCUCUGAUAUAUUAACAAUUCAAGAGUUAGUUACAAAAUCUAUUACAAAUAUGACUGAGGAAUUGGUAGUUAAAUUGUUAAGAUG